GCCUACUUUUUGGAUCCUAAAGAUAAACCGACCCUUGCCAUCUAAAGGCAGAGAAGACACAGACACAAACAGCAAAAUUGUCAACAAUCCAACUCAACUCUCAGACUAUCUCUUUCAAUGGCGUCCACUAUGAGCACAUACGUUGCUGGCUUCUGCCAAAACUUAUCAUCGACUGCAGGGCCCAAGCGAAGCCCUGGUGUUGGUGUUGUUACCAUUAAUGCAAGGCCUAACCGCUCAGCGGCUGUGGUGGUCAGGGCAGAGGGUCAAACCAUAAACCCAGAAAUAAGGAAGACGGAAGAGAAGGUGGUCGACUCUGUUGUGGUCACCGAGCUUUCCAAACCUCUUACUGCUUACUGCAGGUGUUGGAGGUCAGGGACUUUCCCUCUAUGCGAUGGAAGCCAUGUAAAGCACAACAAGGCUACAGGUGACAAUGUUGGGCCUUUGCUCUUGAAGAAGCAGUAACAAUUUAUAAUUGGCUUGUCUAUCAUGUUUUGGUUUCCCGUGUUAAUUUUGAUUACUAAAGACCUCUCUAGGGGAACGUUGUUUGUGUUGCUUGGUUUUUGAUUGGGUUGAGCUCUCUGGUUUGAUAUU